AUGCCUGCACGGGAUCGCCUUGCUUCUACUCUUUUCGAGACUGCUACUCUGCGGAGCUCGACUGGCCUAAGUGCCCUCGAAGACAUGAUAUCCCUCUGCGAAGCGGAUGUAGAGGUAGAAUAUCGGCCGGGUCUAGAGCCGCACAGGUGUCAAUGCAGCGAGUCGAAGCGCCCCCGCAAAUUACCUAAAAUUGAUCAACCCAGCAUCAGCCAGCAACUUACCUACGAUUGGAGACAUGUUUACAACUGCGUCAAGAAAGCCAGCAGCGAGUUCACUGAACUCUGCUUCCUAUAUAACGAAUGGGUUUCCGGUGAUGUUAGCUGGAGCGAGCACUGUCAUUGGCAUCUUGCUCGUCCAGAGACAUUGCCCGUCCAGUGCGAUCCUCUUACUUACGGCGGAGUACUUGCCACUGCUGGCUACUGCCCGCUCUGUAUGUCGGGUUCAUCGCUAGAGCCCGAGGCUCGACUCCGUCAGUUUCUCGAUAGAGGUCCGUGGAAAGCCCAUGUACAAAGCCAUUACGAAACAUAUGUUCAAUCCGCUGAUGGCGGAGAGCAUUUGAUAUGCCCUCAUCCAGGGAAGUAUUGUAAUGCGUCACUCUAUUCGGUUGAGCACCUGAAGUUCCAUUUUCUAGAUGUUCACUGUCGCGACUUUGCCAAGGAAUCGAACGUAUGGGAGGUGUCAACACUUAAGGACGAGGUGCUGCUGAAACAAGGGGGCAUUAUUGAACCGACGCCUCGCACAAAGCGAAGGCGUGGCAUUGAGGAAGAUGCAAAGGAUGUGAAAGUCAAGUCAGUGUACCAGUUCAUUGAUGAGACGGUCAAAAUGACGAAAUUAUCACUUGUUUCCGUUCGGCAAUUACCUCAUCAAGUUGUGAUGCUGUCUGAGAGGUUAUGUCCUCGAGUGGUAGAGAACCGAAUCGACAAUAUGUAA